AUGGACGACAUUCCCGUCACCCCGGGUACCCAACCCUCCGAAAGUUAUCACGACAUACCGAACGUCAGUCCCGGAGGGGGGAGUGCUUUCGGCGCGAGCCUUAGAAAGGAGCGCGGCGCUAUAGCAGCGCAGGCCUGCGAUACCUGUCGGAGCCGUAAACAAAAAUGCGACGAACAGCGGCCGAAGUGCGGCACCUGCCAGAAGUUCCGCCUCGAGUGUAACUACCGAGAACCCCAGCCGACCAAGAAGGACAAGACGAUGGUCGAAAUUCUUGAUCGAAUCAAAGGCCUGGAGGUCAAGCUUGACACCUUGGCCCAACGCCCCGCCACAACGCCCUCGACAUCAGGCUUCUCAAUGCCAACUUCGCUGCCGUCGCCGCUCCCAACCGCCCAGGGCCCUCUAGGCCCGCCCGGCCCCACGGAUCCCCCUUUUUAUUUUCCCAACCUCUCGAACGCCGCGUCUCGAGGAGAGCAUCAUUACCAAUACGUCUCGUCUGUCCAUCAGAUGCUCAAGUGGCCAGCCAUACAACAGCUUUUUAUGUUAAUACAGCCAAAGCUGCCGAAUAUCGACUUGUCUGUCUUGGAGAGAGAGGGCCCAGCAAGCAUGGUCGCUCUUCGGCGGUCCUCCAUCGAUGGUCUACCUACAGACCCCUCCAAGCCAGCCGGUCGAGGCUCUGGCGCCAGUAUGCACGAAUCAGUCACGGCCCAGGGUUCUAUAACCAUCUCAGACUUAAAUUGGGAAACCAUGCAGAGGCUGAGCAAGGCGUACUUUGACAGCUUCAAUCUCCUCUGUCCGGUCCUCAACCGACACUCCUUUAUGUCCGAAACAUUGCCCACAUUCUUCAAUAGGGGAUUCGACGAUAGCAUGACAUCGACCACCGCGUUUCUUGUCUUCGCUUUGGGCGAGGUUGCCCUUGCGGGUUACGAAGGUCCACCGAUUCAUGUGUAUAAUGGCCGUGCCAGCGGCAUAAAAGGGGGCACCAAAGACCGGCCGCCGGGGUUGGACCUAUUUAACGAGGCGCGGCGGCGGAUGGGCUUCAAUCUCACCGCAUGCAGCCUUGAAAACGUCCAGAUAUUUGAGCUUGCUAGUAUCUACUAUGGCUCUUGCUUCUACCCACUGGACUUUUGGAGGGUGACCACUUCCGCGUCGAUGGCUUGUCAAGCCCUCAUCACGAGCCAUCCGAGCGCCUUAUCCUCAGCACAAGCAGAUUUGACACGCCGAUCAUUCUGGCACUGCUCGGUCAUGGAGACUGGCUUAAACCUUGAACUCGGCUUUCCGCUUACUGGGUUGGAGAGGAUGGAGUCCAUCGUUGGGCUGCCUGACUUUAGCGGGCCAUACAUGGAAGAGGACCAUCUGAGCAACCAGGAGUCGCACUUCCAGGAGCAUUUUGCCUCUCAAAUUGUCCUACGCCGGCUUCUAGUCGACUUUCACAGUGCCCUGAAUCAUGGAUCGUCAACACUCGGCCACAUGUCAGCCCCUUUCAGCCCCGCGCCAACCUACCCGAGUGUCAACCAAAUCACGAUCUACCAGCUCGCGAUGCAACUCGAGCAAUGGCGCGGCAUGCUCCCCGUGCAUCUCCGCUGGCACGACGACGCGCCGGGCGUCUUCCCCAACGCCACCGUCGACCUCUACAACACCACGGGCGCCUCCCUCUUCACCCCCGCCACGACCCCCAUCUCCCCCUCCAUACCCACCACCAGCCAACCCCAACAACACCAACCCCAACAACCCUCCCCCAUGGCCGCCGCCGCCCCGCUCAUGUUCACCACGGACCUCGACGCCCCGCCACCCCGCUACCCCUACGUGCUCGACGUGCAAGUCGCCCUCCUGCGCUCACGCUACUACUACACCAAGUACCUAAUCCACCGGCCCUUCGUGUACAAAGCCCUGCACCACCCGGACGCCAUGUCCCACGCCGACGCGUGCGGCGUGGCCGAGUGCCUCAAGGCCGCCUUGAAGUGGCCCGUCGCCAUGUCGCCGACGUGUCGCAACAAGCGGCUGGUGCCGUGCUCGUUCUUCUUCACGCAGAAUUUCUUUGGGAUUCUGGUGCUGCUGCAUCUGAGCACGACGGUGCCGACGCUGAGCCGGAUACGCAGCACGCUGUGUGGGAAGCGGUUUGAGGGGGAUGCGCGGGAGACGGUGGGGCUGUAUCUGGAUUGGUUGCGGGAUUUGAAGGGGGUGGAUCAUGGGACCGUGUGGCAUUGGGAGGUGGUGAGGGCGCUUUAUGGGCUGGCGGAGUAG